UUUUAGCUCAAUAUUCUCAAAAGGGAUGGACCGGCUACGGAGAUCGCUCAGACUGCCAAAAAAGCGAAGAGAUAGGAGUCAUGACAGGCAUUUGAGUCCAGAUGUAACGGGCGGUUCGAAGACUGAACAGUGGCAGCCAGACGAAGGUGCCGUACGAACGGGUACGUGCUGUUUCAAUGUAAAAUAUCUAGGAUCAGUGGAAGUGUACGAGUCUCGUGGAAUGCAAGUUUGUGAAGGCGCACUGAAAUCGCUGAAAGCUUCACGGAGAAAGCCUGUAAAGGCAGUUCUGUACGUGUCAGGAGACGGAUUACGUGUUGUCGAUCAGGGAAACAGUCGAGGACUGUUGGUAGAUCAGACUAUUGAGAAAGUUUCAUUUUGUGCACCCGACAGACAAACUGACAAAGGAUUCGCGUACAUCUGCAGAGAUGGAGCAUCCAGGCGGUGGAUGUGCCAUGGAUUUUUAGCCACCAAGGAAACGGGCGAACGUCUCUCGCAUGCUGUCGGUUGUGCAUUUUCAAUAUGUUUGGAAAAAAAGAAAAGACGAGACGAAGAAACAGCUCAAGUAAAUGUGCAAUCAGCGCAAGAAUCAACUUCAUCCACUCCACCAAAGGAUAUAUUCCACCCAAAUUGGGAGGAUAAUACAUCAGAAGGAACUUCAACUCAAAACCCUUCGAAUUCCCGUUCAAACCUGGCUUAUCAGUCGUUCCGGAAGCACGUUUCAAUUGAAGAUCGAUAUUUGGAUCCACAAUCAGUAAUUAUUAACGAGGUACCGGCAUCAAAUCAUAUGGAUGAGAUUAGAAGGAUAUCGAAGCCGAGACCAACUGGAAAUCCGGCUCUGUUUUUGAGACAGGGAUCCCUUCGAGCACCACCCGAUAUGCCAUCGUCUUCUGAUCAAUUCAAGCGAAAUAUGUCGUUAAGGACCGUGUCGAAUAAUCCAACGGAGAGAUCUCCUGAGAAAAAGGUUUGAUUUUGCAUGUUAUUUGCGCGUUCUUAUUUUUUUAUUUUAAUUCCAAACUUUCCGCAAUGUUUUAUGGGAAAAAAUCAAGAUUUCCUAGGAAAAAAUCACAAAUAUGGGAAAAUUGUUUAAAAACUCGGUAAAUGGGUCUUGCCAAGUUUUACGAUUUUUGAGUAAAAAAUAAGUUUUCUUCCAAAAAUGCUCAAAUUUUUUGAUAAAUUUAUGUUUUUUGAGGAAAAAUCGCGAAAUCGACGGAAAUUCAGUUGGAAACAUCUAUUUUCUGCGAUUUUCCGCACUAAACAAAUACAUUUUAUUGAGAAAAACGUUGGAAAAACUGUUUUUUAAUGUUUUCAAAAAAUAAAUCUGAAAAUUUGCGAUUUUUCGCUGAUUUUUUUUGAUAAAGUUUGUUAAGUUCUAAACUGAAAAAAACAAAAACUGUAUUUUUUUUUCAAAGAUUUCCAUAUUUCUGACACUCAAAACGGCGAUCCUUUUCAACGUCAUUUGGAAAUUUGCAUAAUCCAUCAAGUGAUAUGACUAGUAAACCCCCAUCUUUUACCAUUUCCCUAUAACAAAAAAGUUCCUUAUCAACAUUUCUCCUAUUUUCACACUCGAACAGACCUCAUCAAAUGGUUCUCAUAGACACUGAAUACGUGCGCGCGGUGGUCCAUAACGUUGGUCAUCGUGCGCGGUGUGGUGUCGCGUCAAAAGUUCGAGCACUGAAGUUAGCCCAUUCUCAAGCUAGAUUGAGGUCAUAUUCACAAGCGUGUGAACGAGCAAGCUAUAUUGAUGGUAGAUGUGAAUACUAUCCUAGUUUGGAUGUUGCUUCGAGUUCUCGAAAUUCUGAAAUGUUGAACUCUGGAUUUUUCGAUGGUUAUUCAUGGAAUACGCCUAAUAUUCAAUCUCAAUCGAGCAGUGAUGUCACUGCCAAAACUGAAUUACGUCGAUUAAUGACGGAAACUUCCGAAGAUCCGAUUCAUAAGGAAGACUCGGAAACCCUUCGUCGACUCAUAAUGUGGCAGGAGUUCCGGGAUGCUGGUGUUGAUGUGAACACCACUCAGCCUGGAUAUGGUUAUGGUAUUGAGGCGAAAGUUGAACCAUUUCCGCAAAAAUUACAAAAUUAUGAGAGUAUACAUUUGGAGACAAGAAGAAGCAGCUGUCCGUCAUUCGGCACUCAACUUUACAAUGAGCCAAUCUACGAAGGAGAUGAGGAUCCGCUGGGACUCGGAAUCACACCGCCCGUCGUCACCAAAACAUCAGGCUCUCUUUCAAACAAUGGUCUCGAUGGAAUCAAUUUGAACUGGAAGUCGAUUCCGGCGCCUGUUCAUCAAAUGCAGCAACAUAAUGCGAAUGGAGAUUUUGUUGCCGCGUGGCCUCAAAAUACUAUAGAAAAACCGACAGUCGGACCAUUGGAUAAGCUUCAGAAGCAGUUUGAAGAUAUCAAACUGAUAAGCAUCUCAUCGGGUGAAAAUACGCCAACAACUCGAUCAAAAGCCGACGAAUGGCUGGAUGAUGUGCUGAGAGUGUCGAUGAGUAUGUCACCAACGUCACCAUCAUCAGAUCCACCGUCGACUUCAUCGUACUCUGUUCUUCCGAAAUCUGGACCCCCACCCGCCCAUGCGCCUCCUCCACUACCAGUGAGACAAGCGGUUUCGAAUGGAAGCCCGUCGAUUUAUCAACAGCAGUUACAGCAAGCAAAUAGUACUCGAAAUUCGCCGGCUGGAAUAAACUGGAACUCGUCUCCAAACCCAAUGAAAAUCUCCCAGCCACCAGCAAAACCAGUUGAUCCAUUCGAUGUACAGUGGAGCAGAUUAGCAGUGAAUAAUACGCAUUAAGAGAACUAAUAAAUACAACUAAUCUUAUGUAAUUUUGUAAUACUAAUUUAAUAAUUUUCUUAUUUUAAAUUUAAAUUCAAAUUUUCUAAAUAUAUUGUAUUAUUAUUGUUUAAAUAUAUAUUUACAGCCUCUAGUUUCAUUCUCCCUUUUCAUUUUCCAACCGUUGUGUGGCCAGCCUGAUUCUUGUCAUUUUCCCGUCUCCAUUCUGAAAUAGACUGCAAUUUCUUUUUCGCUUUUUUCACUGGUUUCCCCCAUUUUCGAACAUUUUGUGUCUUAAAUCAAUUUCUCCGUCCUUCAAACAAAUAGUAAUAAGAAAUUUAUGCUUUUAUGUUGGGAUGCGGUUUUUUUUUAAAUUUUUCUGGUUACUUUUG